GACAACGCGUGGUGGGCGGGAGCGGGACCUUCUCUGCCUGGGGUGUCAGCAGGGCCAGGCCCAGGCCAGGCCCCCUCGGUUCCUGAUGUGACUCCACACCCUGGCUGGGUGCUCCAAGUCAUGGCCGACACCAUCUUCGGCAGUGGGAAUGAUCAGUGGGUUUGCCCCAAUGAUCGGCAGCUUGCCCUGCGAGCCAAGUUGCAGACGGGCUGGUCUGUGCACACCUACCAGACAGAGAAGCAGAGGAAGAGCCAGUGCCUCAGCCCAGCCGAGGUGGAGGCCAUCCUGCAGGUCAUCCAGAGGGCCGAGCGGCUUGACGUCCUGGAACAGCAGAGAAUCGGGCGGCUGGUGGAGCGGCUGGAGACCAUGAGGCGCAAUGUGAUGGGGAAUGGCCUCUCCCAGUGUCUGCUCUGUGGGGAGGUGCUGGGCUUCCUGGGCAGCUCAUCGGUGUUCUGCAAAGACUGCAGGAAGAAAGUCUGCACCAAAUGCGGGAUCGAGGCCUCCCCCGGCCAGAAGCGGCCCCUGUGGCUGUGUAAGAUCUGCAGUGAGCAGAGAGAGGUCUGGAAGAGGUCGGGGGCCUGGUUCUACAAAGGGAUCCCCAAGUACAUCCUGCCCCUGAAGACCCCCGGCCAGGCCGAUCACUCCCACUUCCGACCGUUGCCCAUGGAGCCAGCAGAGCAAGAGCCCAGAAGUCCUGAGAGCAGCCGCGUCUACACGUGGGCCCGAGAGAGAGUGGUUUCCAGCGACAGUGACAGCGACUCAGAUCUCAGCUCCUCCAGCCUGGAGGACAGACUCCCACCCACUGGGGUCAGGGACCGGAAAGGCGACAAACCCCGGGGGGAAUCAGGUGGCAGCGUGGAGUCAUCAAAGAUGGGGCCUCCCCGCCCACCCAGCCACCUCUCAGGGAGCCAGAGCAGCCUGGCCAUCGAGACAGGACCAGCUCUGCGGACCCGCAGUGGGGGCCCCACCCUGGCCGGACACAAAAGGCCACAGUAGAAGGCACACCUGGGCGAGCCCCUGCUGCUGACGUGGGCUCCGACGGUCCCCUCUGCCUGCCCUGAGCAGAGGCGUGCUUGGUGCAUGGGGCAGACUUUCCAGUGGAAGAGCUUGAGAGAGAGAGAGAAAGAGCUGGAACCAGACCCUACCCGGCUCCUUCCUGACCAGUCCCAGGGCCCUCCACCGCCAGCCCUGCCGGACGUGACCUCUGACUCAACAAACCAGUGUUUGCGGGGCUGAGUCUGCUUCCCCCCACCCAGUGCCUUUCUGCACCCCUUCUCUCCUGGGAGCCCCCCUCUCCACCGCCACCCCAGUCACUCCCCUCAGCCGUGACCUUUAUUUAUUGCCCCCAGCCCCACCCCCAGUCUACCCCUAUGUUCAUUUUAAGUUUGCUCUCGUCUUAGUUGGACUGGAAGAGCCUUCAGACCCACCUUCUGGGGCCUUCCCCUACGCACUGCAAUUUCAGAGGGUGCCAGGCAGGGCUUUCUCCAUAUUUGUAUUCAUGGAAAAAGAAAUCAGAGCCUGAGCGUGACCCUUCACACCUGAGCGUGGCCCCCCACACCUGAGCGUGGCCCCCAGAGAGGAACCCAGAGCAGGUGGGAUGAGAGGUCCACCCAUCCUCCCCCUUCCCCUGCGGCUCUGCACAUGGAUGCAGACUCCUCCCACCCCGGCCCAGGAGCUGCUGUUGAACCUGGCUCUCUGUUAGGUUUCUCGGAAGCCUUCCUUGGCCUCCCCGAGGGCUGCUGGAGCUGGAAAGGGUUCUGGUGAACACUGUGAAUUCACUCACUGGAGAGCAAGCAGCCUUCAGCUGAGCCCCCUGCUGGGCGUGAAGCUCCCUAAGCCAUUAAUUCACUCCUCUUCAGUAGGCUCAGUUUGGCAGAAAAACACUUAAUUCAAAGUGUGGGCAGAUGCUUCUGGAAAACCUUUCCUGGAGGAGAGAGAAUGCGUGAUUCUGUGUGUACGGCGCCCACACCCUCCCUCCUGACCACCCCGUGCCUGGUCCUCGAAGGGCCUUCUUCUCCAGGCUCUCAGGCCCCCACCAUUAUCUCUUUUGCCCUAGUCGCUGGCAGACAGUUAAAAAAAAAAAGUGAUAAGAACACUGUUUCCCUGUGACAAGUUAUGCUUCAGAAUAAAAACAAUAAA